AUGGGUAAGGGUAAAAAUAAGGAAAGUAGGGAAGGUAGUACAAGGACUCGGCCCGGGAAAGGGUCUAAUGGUCACAGUUCCCGAUUGAACCAUAAAAGAAUGGAGAUGAAACAUGCUGGUCCUACUUCAAGCAAGUUUCCCGUAAAAUUAGCUAUGUGGGACUUUGAUCACUGUGAUCCUAAGAGAUGUAGUGGUAAAAAGCUUGAAAGGCUUGGUUUGAUAAAGUCAUUGAGAGUCGGACAAAAAUUUCAAGGAAUUGUUGUUUCUCCUAACGGUAAGACUGUGGUUUGUCCUAACGAUAAGGAGAUCGUCGAGGAGCAUGGUGCAUCAGUCGUGGAGUGUUCUUGGGCAAGAUUGGAAGAGGUUCCUUUCAAUAAGAUUGGAGGAAAACAUGAGAGACUUUUGCCGUAUUUAGUAGCAGCGAACCAGGUUAAUUAUGGUAGACCUUGGAGAUUAAAUUGUGUUGAAGCCUUGGCAGCUUGUUUUGCCAUCGUUGGUAGGACAGAUUUGGCAGCUGAUUUACUAUCUAACUUUUCUUGGGGUCCGGAAUUCCUAGAGUUGAACAAGGAAUUGCUCGAACUUUACCAGCAGUGCACAGAUCAUGAUUCUGUGAAAGCUGCAGAAGAGAAGUGGCUACAACAAAUCGAGGAAGAGGCCAGACAACGUAAAGAAAUGGCCAAAACAGAAGAUAUUUGGAUGAUUGGAAAUGUUAAUAGAGCUACUCAAGAUAGUGAAGAAGAAUAUAGUGAGGAAGAAGAUCUUUCCACUGAUGAAAUCGCCGUCUCUAAAGAAGUGAAAUACGACUCGUUAGGAAACGUAAUACCGAGCGAUGAAGAAGCCGAGGAAGAGUCUUCUGAAGAAGUAGAAUCUGAAGAAGAUACUGACGAAGCGGAGUCACUUCAUGUCCCACUUAAUAGCCUAAGCGUGAAAUAG